AUGCUGGGUAGGAACAAUCAACAUAGUCAAGACAUGAACAUCAUUCAGAUGGAGUUGGGCUACAGGAAUGGCCCAACAGAACCUUCAGAGAUUCAGAAUCAACAAAUGCAAAGUCCUGCAUCCAGGAAGCAAAUGCCCCUUAGGGCAUUCCCCUGCUUAAAUAACUUCAGUAUCUUCAGUCCUCACAGUCUCUGCUGUCCACAAGACGAGAGAAAGCAAGUUCCAGUGAAAAGGAGAAGAGUACCCCAGGCUGGUUACCAUGGUUCAGCUGAUAGAAGCAGUGAAGCAUCCUGCAAAAAAAGAGAGGAUUAUUUGGAAUGGCCUGAAUAUUUUAUGGCAGUAGCUUUUCUGUCAGCACAAAGAAGUAAGGAUCCAAGCUCUCAGGUUGGUGCCUGCAUUGUAAAUUCAGAAAACAAGAUUGUUGGAAUUGGCUACAAUGGGAUGCCUAAUGGUUGCAGCGAUGAUGUACUACCCUGGACGAGAACAGCAGCAAAUAGACUAGACACAAAAUAUCCUUAUGUGUGCCAUGCCGAAUUGAAUGCCAUCAUGAACAAAAACUCAGCUGAUGUGAAAGGCUGCAGCAUGUAUGUUGCCUUAUUUCCAUGUAAUGAAUGUGCAAAGCUCAUCAUCCAGGCAGGCAUAAAGGAAGUUAUUUUCAUGUCUGACAAGUAUCAUGACACUACAGAAAUGACAGCUGCACGGCGGCUGUUUGAUUUGGCAGGUAUUAUAUACAGGGAAUUCAAGCCAAAGUGUAACAAGAUCGUCAUUGACUUUGAUUCGAUUAACAGCAGACCAAGUCAAAAGCUUCUGUGAAUUAUGUCUCAUUAAGUCUUUAGAAGAGUAUGAUUAUCCUUUUCUAAAAAGCUGCUAAUGCCUUUCAGCUUGAAGCUACUUGCAACUUUUUAAUGGUUUCUGUAGCUAAAGUAGACUUAUAAGAAAUCCAAGGCAUAAAAUGUCCCGCUCACUUCAUCUUGUCAUGUGGAAUCUAAAUCUACUUAAAAUGUUUUAUGCCUUUAUCAAAACUGCUGAAAAAAUGGAGACACGUAGGUGAAACAAUGUAAAUAAAGCAAACUGUUCUGAUUCUUCCUGUAUUCAUCACCACAUGCUCAGAUGGGCUGUCAGCAUAGAUUCAGCCUCAGUUUAACAGCAGUACUUGGAACCAGUGGUACGUGGAAUAUGCUGAUAGAUGUUGAUCUCUGUUGGAUAUGUGGAUCUUCACAGCUGAUCCUAAUCAAGAACAAAAAAUGUUAUCCAUGCAAAUGCUAAUCUUCCAACUAUCAUAACACUAAUAUUUGAAAGGUUUUACAGCUUUAGGAAUGUGUGCCAUUUUGCUUGUUACCCAACAAAUGAAAUGCUGAGUUUUCUUUUAAUUGCUAUCUGACAUUGCCAUACUUGGGGAGGGCUGAGAGAGGAAGGUGUUCUGAGAAUUGUCCAUGCCUGAGUGAGCUUUAGUGGUGAUUUCAAAUCCUUGGUUUCCCCAAGACUCCAGAAUUGAAGGGGCUUGAGGGAAUAAAUAAUUUGGUGCUUUACCUCUGGGACUUUCACACUGAAUUUGUUUUCAUGUGUAAAAGAAAAUCAUUUUAUUGGUCUAAGCUGUUCCUAGAUAAUCCAACAUAGCUCAGUCUUAAAUUCUACCUGUAAGGUAACUGAAUCAUUUUUGUCCUUUGAGAUAAAUUGGAGAUAUUCAACCCAUAUCCAUAUCUAUGCCAAAAGAUCUAAUUGCGGUGUUAGCUUGUUUCCCAGUGCUGACACAGUACCUCCAUUUUCAUAAAUGUUGCCUAAAAUAACAUCCUUUUUAAUUUUAUCUGGAGAUCUGGGAAUAGAUUUGAGUUCAUUUUCUCUAAUUUGAUUUUUAAAAAUUAAGUAUGCCUAAUGGCUUUGUUUAGAUAACAUUGGUGGUUGUUUGGUUUGUUGUUUUUGGUUUUGGUUUUUUUCUUUUUAAUGUGGUUAUACUUCAAUGAGCUUUUAUUUUCUCUACAAAAGCUUUGUUUCAUAUUUUGGGACAUUAUGUAAUUUGGCUUCAUACCAAUAUUAUUAAAGUCUUAUUAAAAUCCA